CUGGGCUAAGUCGGGCCUGUCCCUCUACAGGAGGAUCGUCGAAAACCCGCCUGCAGGAGGACAUGCUCGACCUACGGCCUGGGCCCCUCCCUCCCGCGGCGCCCCCCCCCCGCCCCCCGGGCGAGCGCCCCCGCCUCGGGCCGCCGCAGGCCGACAGCCAUGGAGGACCGCCUGGCGGCCGUGCCGCAGGCGCGGGGCCUCGCCGAGGUGCUCGGCUCCCGGCUGGACCGACCUUCCUGCGGGGUUUCCAGGAGUGCGGCUUCUUCUUCACGGGGUUGAGUACGUGGACGCCAACUCGCCGGCCUUUGCGGCGCUGUGCUACGACGGGUCGCACCCGCUCGAGUGGACGGCACUGCACGAGGGCUACAGGGACCUCUUCGAGCGGCAGUUUUGCGCCGUGCUGGAGGGCCAGGAGGUCGAGCGGGAGGAGUUCCUCGAGUGGAUUACGGCGCUCCAGGAUCGACUAGAUGCCUCCGAGGCUCUCGACCCGGAGGCCGAGCUGCCGGGCUCCGGGGGCCUGCGCGCGGUGGACCUCGGCGGCUUCCUGAGCGCCCUGACGGCGUCGGAGGACUACGAGAGCUUCCUGCGGGUGAUGUUCCGGGCCGUGGCCGAGCGCCGGCGGAGGUCCGCGCCCGCGCCGCCGCCCGGGGAGCAUCAGGCGGCCGCGCCGCCGCUGACCCAGGAGGUGGACGUCCGCGUGCCGGAGGGCGCCCAGCCCGGGGCGGCGCUGCCGGUGGACUUCCUGGGGUCCCGCCACGAGCUGGUGGUCCCGGAGGGCCUGGGCCCAGGCGCCGUCUUCCGGGCCGCGGUGCCGGUGGUGCCCCCACCGCCGCCUUCCGCCCGCCCGCGCGCGCGCGGCCGGGCGAGCCGUGAGGCGUCGGCGUGCCCGCGCCCGCUGCGGUCGCCUGGUGGCCAU